AUGAAGAGUGACCCAUUCAUUUGUGACAAGCUUGCUUAUACACCCCUCCCUCCGUUUUACACCUUUAUCAGAUCCAGGCAUAUCAAGAAAAUAGAUGUAUCCAGUAAUAAGUUCGGCGGGGUGAUACCAUCUGUUUUCUUUCUGAAUGAAGCAUUACCAGAUGAUGACACCAUGGAAUCGGUAAGUAGUUUCCAAAGUUUACAGGUUUUAACAUUGUCUCGUUGCCAACUCACUGGUCAAAUACCAGCUUGGCUGGCGAAGCUUAGAAAGCUAAAGGUCUUGGAUCUUUCUGAUAACUAUUGCAGUGGCCCAAUUCCUAGUUGGCUAGAAAUUCUACUGAGCAUUUACUACAUUGACUUAUCGUAUAACUUCAUAUGGGGUAACCUUCCUGAGCUGCCUGCAUUGACAACAAUAAGUUCAGAAGACGACAAGAAGUAUGCAUGUAUUCAAAAAGGACAACCAGGGGCAUAG